AUGGAAGCGGAACUUUCCAUUCCAGAAUUCGAAAAGCUUAAGGAAGAAGUUGAUCAUAUAAACGAAGAAUUAGGCAAAAGAACAAAAAGUUUUACUGCAACAGUUCAACAACAUCGAAUUGCAUUUGAUACUCAAUGCGAGGAGAUGGAGAAUAAUUUCAAAUCCGAGUUAGAAACAGAAAAUUCUCGACAUGAUGAAUUAAUGAAGAAAAUGCAAAAUGAAAUUAAGUAUAUUGAAACUACAGUAGAUACUGUUGUGAGGUCAGAAGUCGGAAAAAUCAUUAACGAUAACCAACUCAAACAAAAUUCGUAUAAUGAACUUUUGAAGUCCUUCAACAGAAUGAAGAAAGACUUAGAGACCGAACUAGCGCAAACUGAUGAAGAAGUAUCGAAUUUAAACGCUGUAAUAAAGGAAAUGGAAAAGAAAAAUACGUCACAGAUGCAAGAUCUCGAAAAAGGCUAUAGAGAAAGCAUUUCCGAAAAGACAAUUGAGCAUGAAACAAAGAAAAAUGAGCUUUUAGUCAAAAACAAGCUUCUUCAAAAUGAAAUUGCAGAACAAAUCGCAAAUCAUCAAUUAGAUACUCAAGCAAACCGAGAAAAACUACUUACAUACUCUAAAGAGAAUGAGUUAAUCAUACAGCGCGAAAUUGAUGCAGAAACUAAGAAAUUUAAUGAUACAUUUAAACAAAAUUCAGAUAAAUUUUUCAUUGAAGAAGCAGAAGCAAAGAAACAGACAGAAGAAUCAAGGAAAUCGAAUACUUCAACAAUACAGCGCUUAACAGAUGAAUUAAACACUCUUAAAAGCGAAUUAUCUACAAUGGAUAUCAAAAAAGAGGAACAAGUAAGGAAAGUACGUAAAGAAGUCGACCAACAGGUAGCUGAUAAGGAAGCUGAACUGAAACAACUGCAAAGCGAAAAUAAAAAAGCGAUUGAACAAGAAAGACAAAAAAUGUCAAGAGAAUUAAUAGAAGUACAGAAGAAACAUGCCGAGCAAAAUAAAGAUCUCGAGAAACAGUUGAUAGAUGCUUCGAAUCAGGCUGAAAUUUCCAAGAAACAACUUGAAGGUGAAGUAAAUUCUUUAAUUAGGCAGAAAGCUCGCUUAGAACAAGAAUUCCAAGAACUUACAGGCGGAUCUAGGAAAGAUACCUCUCGGUCGGGCCUUUCUUCCCGUGUAGAUACGUCUAAAAAGUCUUCUCGAAGUCCAUUAAAAAUUGAGAGCUUUGACGGUUUUUCUGUUUCCCCGGCCACCAGAGAAGAAAGUGAUAUUAGAACUAUAGGAGAGAUGACUGAUAAGUUCGAUAGCGUGGAUUCCGAGUCAAGAGCGAAAUUAGCUUUAUUAAAUGACACCAAAAAGAAGAAUGCCGAGAAAAUCAAGAAGGCGAGGAUGCAAAUCGAGAACCAGACCGUUGAGCUCACAAGAAGAAGAGAUUCUCUCAAAGGAGAUAUCGUUCAAUUAAAUGAGAAGCUCAAAGCAGCUGAAAGUAAAGCCAAAGCUGCCGAAAAUGGAGCCAAGUCAAGGCAGAAACUCGAAGAGGCAUCGUUACGCUCAAAAAUCAACAUGCAGAAGGAUACAAUAACAAAUCUCAAAGAAGAAUGCCAGAAAUUAAGAGUUGAUGCUAACGAUGUUGAUAUUUUGACGAAGCUACAGAAUGAUUACAAGGUCAAGCUCAUGAAAGUCCGAAAUGAGAUUGAUCUUGAAAAUGAAAGACUCGAAACAAUGCUGAUCAACAUGAAAGACGAAUUUGAAACAGACUCCAAACAUGUGAAGGAUGGUCUCUUGAGUCAAUUAGAAACAGAAAGAUCUCAACUUGAUAAUCUCCUUCAACAGUUGGCUUCUCUUUCAAGCGAAACAUCGAUUGAAUGCGAAAAGGACGCAGAAAAAUGGGGUGAAUUAAGAACUGACAUCGCUCAAAAAUCAACAAGAAUGGUUGUUACUGUUACAACUGCUUCUAAUAAUAGAGGAGUAAUGGGUUCUAAACAAGCACCAAGAAUGUCUCACUCCCGUCAGGCUCCUUUACCUCCUCUUAGAGCUUAA